UGUUGGCAGCUUCAGUUUUCUCUUCUCUUUCUCUCUACAAGCAAAGCCAUGGCUUCUGCAAACCCAGUCCAGUCCCUUCUCCAUGAGCUCGCUUGCUCCCUCUGCCUGAAGGAGUUCAUGGACCCAGUGAUGCUCCUCGGAUGCGGGCAUAACUUCUGCCACGCUUGCAUCACCAAGCACUGGAAAGGCUCCCUUAAGAACGUCUGCUGCCCUCAGUGCAAGAGGUGCUUCUUGAAGGCCAAGCUGCAGCAAAACAGGCCGCUGAAGAACAUGGUGGAGGCAAGUCGGCAGAUCACCUGGGGAAGCAUGAAAGAGUCAGCCACGUCCGAGAGCACCUGCCCUUCGCACAAGGAGCCUCUGACACUUUUCUGCCAAAAGGACAGCAUCCUGAUCUGUGCAAAGUGUCAGGUUCAGCAUCAGGACCACACCAUCCUGCCCGUACAGAAGGCUAUUGACGAGCGAAAGGAGCAAAUUCUGAGCAAGCUGAAGCAACAACAAGCUUCGGUGGAAAGGUUCAAAGAAGCUCUUGCAUGUGGUGCCAAGGAACUGCUGGAUCAGGCAAGCCUUGCACACCAGGCGUUAGUGACUGAGGUCGAAAACUUCUGCCAGUCUUUGAAGGAUCAGGUGCAGUUCCUGGUGCUCUACCUGGAAGAGCUGAAAAGCACAAUCUUAAAGAAGAAGAAGGAAGACGACAGCAAAUAUACCAGGGAUGUGACUCAGCUCAAUGUCUUGACCAGUGCUGUAGAGAAGAUGUGUUCUCAGCUAGGGGUUGAGCUCCUGAAAGGACCAUCCCAAGUCAAUGUCUUGAUCAGUGAGGCAGAGAAGAUUCAUCGUCACCGAUCGGAUGAAUUUUGCAAGGAAGAUGAAACGUUCACCGACUGGUUUGGUGAAGAACAUUAUAAGGAAAACAGUUCUGGGGAUCUGGAAAACAAAUGCUACGAAAUCACUGAGCUAAAUAAAACUUUGAAGAAGACGUUUCAGAAAUUCAAAGAUCAGAUGGCAACUGAGCUGUGGAAAGCCAGAAACGAAGUCCUGAAGAAAUAUGAAAAAGAAAGUCUGUACUUGGAUCCUGACACAGCACACACCUCGCUGGUCCUUUCAGAGGACCAGUGGAGUGCCUGGGAGUCGCACGAGUCGCCUGAGGAGAUGCCUUAUCACCCUGAGAGAUUUGAGAACCGUCAGUGUGUGCUGGGCUUAAACGGAUACACCUCGGGGAGAGUCUACUGGGAAGUUGAUGUGGAAAAGGCGAAAGAAUGGGGUGCUGGGGUGGCCAGAAAAUCUGUGGAGAGGAAGGGCCCUCUGGAUUUUAACCCUGAUGCCGGAAUCUGGGGAGUAGGCCUAGACAGAGUUGGGUUAGACAAGGGGUACUGGGCUUUCACCCUUCAAGGUCCUAUUCCCUUGACCGUGCCAAAACCCCUCAAGAAGAUCCAGGUGUAUCUAGAUUACGACAAAGGGGAGGUGUCAUUUUGCAAUGCCACCGAUGCUGAAACCUUCAUCUUUACCUUCCCUCCGGCCGCAUUCAACGGAGAAGAAAUCUAUCCCUGGUUUUGGGUUGGGAAGGGGGCUAUCAAAAUAUGCCAGUUAGAACCAGAAGAUAUCCAGCUCAAACUGGUAGAGGCUGGGCUUAUUAAACCUCGGGAUUACAGUGGCAUCUUUGGUUUUUGAUAAAAGAUACAGUGGUACCUCGGGUUAAGUACUUAAUUCGUUCCAGAGGUCCAUUCUUAACCUGAAACU